AAAUAGGUUUUUGCUCACCAUUCUCCUUAUAAAAAUCCUCUGUUUCGGAGCUAUACCUAUCCGAGAAAGGGGCCACAGCAAAGAAACCUCUUCGUUAUUCCAGUGCCACCCAAAGCUAGAAUCAGCCCUUCUAGGAAUGGUUUCUCAGUUCUCUUCUCGGAAUCCCUUGCUCAAAAAGCCAGAAAGAUCCAAACAAUUUUUUCCCUUUCAAUCGCCGCCCCCAAAACAGAAAAACCUUCUCUUCCUUUUUUAGAUCAGAACCCCAUACCAGGAGGAAGAAAGCCGAGCGUAAGGAAAAAGGGAAGGCCAAGGGUAAGGAAAGAGACUGAGAGAAGACCCCCCUUUUUUUUUGGCUGCCGAACUCUUCCCCUCCCCAAAACCAGAUCUGCUUCGUCUUUUUUUUUUUUUUUUUUUGGUGAUUGGUGAGGGUGAUGGUGCCGAGAGUGAUCGGAGGAAAAAAGAAAAAAAGAAAGAUGGUUGCUGGUGAUUUUAAAGACGGGAAGAUUCUGCACAGGGAAGAAAGAGAGGCCGAGGGUCGGCGUGAAAGAGAAGGUGAGAAUGAAGAAGAUUCACGGCUGCUGUGAGAUGGAGACGAUGAUCUGCGGCAGUGGAACGAUGUGGAUGAAGUGGCUGGCAACCGGUGACAAUGAAUGGUGGUGAUGGUGACGACGAUGAUGAUGGAAAAGCGGGGGAAUGAAAGGAAGUGGAGAGGAGAAGAACACUGGUUUUUUUAUUCUGCUGCCGAAUUCCCCUCUCCAACCCAGAUCUCUGCUUGUGUGGCUAGGGUUUCCAGGUGAAGGAUCGAGAGAGAGGAGAGGGAAGGAGAGAAUUCUUUUUUUUUUUUUUUUUCUCUCUGCCUGCACUGUUUUUCUGUCCAUUUAAAACCUAGGGUUUUUAUCCUUUUGUUAGUUUCAGGCCAAAAUGUGGGCUUCUUAUGAAAUUGGGCUAAUAUUUAGUUUUUAUGGGCCUAAAGCAUGAGUUGGGAUUAAGCUUAAUAUGCAAUCUGGCCCUAAAUAGAAAAUGCUACCCUUU